GUCAGACUAUUGGAGUACGUCAGCGGUCAACUGCUCCGGGAUGUGCCCUUCACUCCGGCCAUACUCACGGAGUGCGGCCAAGUGUUGGCUAAGAUGACAAUCGCCCUCCAGACAUAUGACAGCCCAGUGCUGAGAGGUGGCCGUGGGUCACCAUGGUCAUUGCUGCAGGUGCUGGACGUACGGCAAUACUUGGACGCCGUCGAGAAUCUGGAGGACCGGGCGAUAGUGUCGGCGGCGUUGGACGAGUUCGAGCGCACAGUCGUCCGACGGCUGGACACGUUUGAGCACUCGUUCAUUCACGGAGAUUACAACGAGAUGAACAUUAUUGUGGACAAGAGAUCGCCCGAUGUCGACGGCCAGUACCACUUGCGCGGUGUGAUUGACUUCUCGGACGUGCAGUACGCGCCGCGUGUGUUUGACCUGGCUAUUUAUCUCUGCUAUAGUAUGCUUAUGUUUACGGCCGGACCGCAGAUACUGGCGCCCGGGUUCGGCCUCAAGGGCUAUACCGAGUUCAUUAAGCUCACGGAUAAUGAGCUAAAUGUCCUGUCCACGUGCAUUAAGGCCCGAUUCUGUCAGUCACUGGUAUUGGGCGCCCACUCAUACCGUACGGACCCGACCCAUGUGUACGCCCUGUCGUCGGCCAAGAAUGGGUGGCCAGCGCUCAGAGCACUGCAUAAUUGCCAUCAAAACGAUUUGCUAAACAAGUGGUUGAAUAUUGACAAAAAUUUUUGA